GCCUGAAGUUUCAGCAAUUUCUAAAUUAUUGUGACAAAUAUAUUGUAAAAUUUUCUAGUUUCACCGUCUAGCAGAAGACAAACCUUGCAGCACCUCUUUGGUUCAAGUUGAAGGCGACGGAAUCUUAUUUUUAGCCAGUAGGCCAUAGCUAAGGUGUCGGCAGUGUCUGGUGCUCUUUCAUAUAUUUUUGGCGGCUAAAAAGUACACUUACAUCUAUCACAAUGCCCAUCAUUCGGCUGGAAUCAUCUGAUAAAGAAAUUUUCGACACGGACCAGGAGACCGCAAAAUGCUCGGAGACCAUCAAGACUGCUCUCGAAGAUCUGGGCGAUGAGAGCGACAAUAGCGUGCUGCCCUUGCCGAAUGUCAACUCGCUAAUUUUGAAGAAGGUGCUUCAUUGGGCCACCUACCACAAGGACGACGCCGAAUUGGCCGAAGAAGACGAGAACAAGGAGAAGCGCACCGAUGACAUUUCGUCAUGGGAUGCGGACUUUUUAAAAGUGGACCAGGGUACCUUGUUUGAGCUGAUUUUGGCUGCCAAUUAUCUGAACAUUCAGGGAUUGCUGGAUGUGACGUGCAAAACAGUCGCCAAUAUGAUCAAGGGGGGAAAGUCUCCCCAAGAGAUCCGGGACACAUUUGGUAUAACUAACGACUUCUCGCCAUCUGAGGAGGAGCAGGUGCGUAAAGAGAACGAGUGGUGCGAGGAUAAGUGAAGCCAACGCAAUCCGGAGCCUUUGCCAUGCCCAAGUGAGCAAAUAUGUGUUCCAGACAUUUCAGGCGCAGAGAUGAGUAGAUUUCGAUCGAUUAAUCCAAUGUCGUGCAGGGGGGUGUUUAUAUAUUUCCGCAAAAAUAAUAAAACUGAAGGAAUUUUAUCGCAGUUGGUGUGAAAGAUAUUGUAGCGAAGCGUUGUUUACACGUAAAGAGAAAUGUGAGUUGCGUAUCUGUUUAAUUAAAAAGGGGGGUUGGGUGGGUUAAGUUCGUUUUAUUCUUCGGUAUAUUUUGGUAUAUUUCGGUAUAUUCGUAGUGUCGGACGGUCACUGCUAGCGGAGAUUGGCCAAAAAAAAAUAAAUAAAAAAAAUACAUAAAAUAAAAAUGCGAAUUGCACCCAUUUGCCAUAUUUGAAAAUCUAAAUCAUCUGUGAAAUUGCAAAUUAACUGUCCACACGUGCGCCACAAGAAUUGCGUGGCAUCUGGAGAGGGGAGAAUAAACCGAUUUUGUGGCUGAAAAAACAGGCGGCG